ACCGCGAGCGAGAACUCCGGCAUCAUAGUCAUAGCCCGCAUCCUGCCUCCCCGGCCGCGGCCGCGUCCACAGCAUCUGUCGUCGUCAUGUCCAUCGCCGCUGCCACCUAUGCACCGUCGCCACCUCCGCCCUCUUGGGUUUACCAUAUCCGCGUGGCCGCCGCCCAGGGCCACUUCCGCGACGCCGUCUCCCUCUUCCUCCGAAUGCGCGCCUCCGCCGCGCCGCGCUCGUCCGUGCUGGCCUCCCUCCCCGCGGCGCUCAAGUCCUGCGCCGCCCUCGGCCUCGGCGCCCUCGGCGCCUCCCUCCACGGGCUGGCCAUCCGCUCCGGCGCAUUUGCCGACCGCUUCACCGCCAACGCCCUCCUCAACUUCUAUUGCAAGCUCCCAGAUUCGUAUCUCCACCCCUCCGGUGUGACCACCGUGGAUGGCACGGGAUCACCGACCGCAUUGGAGAGCGUGCGGAAGGUGUUCGACGAAAUGCUCGAGAGGGACGUGGUGUCCUGGAACACUUUGAUGAUGGGCUGUGCGGAGGAAGGGAGGCACCAGGAAGCGCUGGGAUUGCUCAGGAAGAUGUGGAGGGAUGGGUUCAGGCCUGACUCGUUCACCUUGUCCAGUGUGCUGCCAAUCUUUGCGGAGUGUGCUGAUGUCAAGAGGGGCAUGGAGGUGCAUGGUUUUGCUAUCAGGAAUGGGUUUGACAAAGAUGUGUUUGUUGGCAGUAGCCUGAUUGAUAUGUACGCAAAUUGCACUCGGACGGAUUACUCUGUUAAGGUGUUCGACAAUCUCCCAGUACGUGACCCAAUUCUGUGGAACUCCAUGCUUGCAGGGUGUGCACAAAAUGGUUCAGUUGAGGAGGCUCUUGGAAUAUUUCGUCGGAUGCUGCAGGCUGGAGUUAGGCCUGUGCCUGUGACUUUCUCAAGCCUCAUACCUGCUUGUGGCAAUUUGGCGUUGUUGCGCUUUGGGAAGCAGCUGCACGCAUAUGUGAUCCAGAGUGGGUUUGAAGAUAAUCUGUUUAUAUCUAGCUCCCUGAUUGACAUGUACUGCAAAUGUGGGGAAAUUAGCAUUGCCCGUCGCAUCUUUGACAGGAUGCCUUCACCUGACAUUGUAUCAUGGACCGCUAUGAUCAUGGGGUAUGCAGUGCAUGGUCCAGCAAGAGAGGCUCUUGUGCUGUUUGAGAGAAUGGAAUUGGGAAAUGUGAAGCCUAAUCAUAUCACCUUUCUUGCGGUUCUGACUGCAUGCAGUCAUGCUGGGUUGGUGGAUAAGGGCUGGAAGUAUUUCAAUAGUAUAUCAGAUCAUUAUGGAAUUGUUCCUACUCUAGAGCAUUGUGCAGCACUUGCAGAUAUCCUUGGCCGUGCAGGAGAGUUGGAUGAAUCAUAUAAUUUUAUAUCUAAGAUGCAAAUAAAGCCAACUGCAAGUGUGUGGUCCACAUUGUUAAGGGCUUGCAGAGUCCAUAAAAAUACUUCAUUAGCUGAGGAAGUAGCCAAGAAAAUUAUGGAGCUUGAGCCAACGUGCAUUGGAUCUCAUGUAGUUUUAUCAAAUGUGUAUUCAGCUUCUGGGAGAUGGAAUGAAGCAGCACGCCUACGGAAAUCUAUGAGAAAUAAGGGUAUGAAGAAGGAUCCAGCUUGCAGUUGGAUUGAAGUGAAGAAUAAACUGCAUGUGUUUGUAGCUCAUGAUAGGUCCCAUCCUUGGUAUGAUAGGAUUAUUGAUACACUGAAUGUUUUCUCAGAGAAGAUGGCACGCCAAGGAUAUGUGCCUAACACAGAGGAUGUUUUCCAGGAUAUUGAAGAGGAGCAGAAGAGAUAUGUGUUAUGUGGUCACAGUGAAAAACUUGCUGUAGUGUUUGGUAUUAUAAGCACACCACCUGGAACCACAAUUCGUGUGAUGAAGAAUCUCCGAGCCUGUAUUGAUUGCCACACAGUAACAAAGUAUAUUUCAAAAUUAGCUGAGAGAGAGAUUGUUGUGCGUGAUGCGAACCGUUUCCACCACUUUAAGGAUGGAAACUGUUCCUGUGGGGACUUUUGGUGAUUGGAUAACACUUUGGGAUAACAUAUGUUUGUGAAAUGAGUUCCUACUGCAUGCUGUCUAUACUGAGUGUGGGCAACUGAUCGAAAGAAGCCUUCCCAAUCUACAAGUGUUUUCCAUCAUGACAAGGAUAUAAGGUAUUUGCAUAUUUCUGAAAUUUUAGUGCAAUCCCAAGCAGAACUGAAGGUUGCCUUUAGUUUAGAAAACCAAGUCAGUUGGUUCAUAAUGAGUCAGUCAGUCUCAUACUCUCUUUUGAAGACUAUAGUGAGUGGGGCUAAAGAGGACAGUAAGCACAAUUGAAAGCCAUACACAUCACCAUGUGUCUUGAUUCUUUGAACACAUUAGGCUGUGGUUGUAACACCGCAUGAAGAUUAUAUACAAGUCUACAGGUCUGGCAUGACAAGUUGCAACAUUUAUCCUUCAGGGCACACCAAUUGAGCAGCCCGUGGUGGACGCCCAUGAUUCUGGGCAAUAGCAGCACAUUCUGGACUCUGGGCAGCGCCAUUAUUUCUCCUUCUUUCAUCAUGGAGCCACCAGAGCAAUGUACUGUCUCUGCAGUGUAAAACCGCAGCAUCAGGAGCCAGGUCUGAACGGCAUGUACCGAUGCUGAACUUUUAUCGCAGGACGCAACUUCUGCAGUGAUCCGGCAAUCCGAGGUUGGAGCGCCGGGCACAGACGCAACCGGUGCGUGUGGAUUCUCCUCCUUCCGGUGGGCAUGCUGUGGCCUUCGCAGCUGUAGCUGUACUCGGCACGAGCACGCCAUGAAUGGGUUCAUUGAUUCCUCGUUAUGAAUCUGGGACCAUCCAGCCCCAUGUGUAAGUACCCAGCCAGCCCAUAUUGCUUACAGCGGAGACUACAGCUGGAGGUCGCGUUAGUCCAAGAUCCAGCUGACUGAUGUUGCACCGCCUCGUCGGCUCGUGGCCGCUGGUGUGAACUGAAACAGAAGCAAUGCCUCAUCGUUUUUUACAAGCUUGUUCUCUGCACAGCUAAAAUUGCUUCCUUGAUUAAGGCCCUGUUUGGAGGAGCUAAUUUCAAGUGCUAAAGUUUAGAUGGCUAGACUUUAGCCAUAUCCUGUUUGGAGCCAUGUGCUAAUUACAUGCUAAUGGAGGGGCAUUAGCACCUAUUAGCUGCUUCUCCCCAUCUAAUGUUUUGCCCAUAUUUUUGAAGUUUGCUAAACUGUAGCACUCUCAUUAGCACUCCUGUUUGGAGGUGCUAAUGCUAAAGUUUAUCAAUUUUGUGCAUUAGCACUAGUCUCCAAACAGGCCCUAAGCUUCUUUACCACUGACAA